AUGUUAGCAUUGUGGUGGAGUUGCCAAAGCGCAAGUCCUCCAGAAGUCUGCUUAGAUGGGCCCGUAAGUCUCCUUCAAUGGUCGCGUCCGAGUACCGAGUUGGACGAUGACACCUUUGGAGCCUUCGUGCCUGUGGAUGGAGGUACUGGCCGCACCUGCAGGGCUGUGGAGGCCGAUGAGGCCGCCAAUACCGACACCGACAGGGAGAUCUUUUCCGCGGCCAAUAUCGGUGCCUGCAAGAUGUUGUGUCAAGGGACGCUCGGCUGUGUGGGCAUUAACUACCACGCGCCCUCGACGCACUGCGAGCUCUGGAGCUCGGUCGAGUUGACGAGUGAAGCUUCUGUGAACCAUACCUGCCUGCGUUUCGCCCAGGACGCGGACUUCUUGCCCGUCCACGGUGGCAGCCAUCGUGCCUGCGGGGAGGACGCGGAGCACGCAUACUUGGUGGAGAAGUCCCUUUCUCUAAGUCAUUGCGAGAUGUCAUGCAAAGAAAACAAGACCUGCGUGGGGGUGGAGUAUGGGCGUGGCGGUUCCUGCAAGCUGUGGACGAGUUUCAUGGACGUCCAGUCUUCAGUGCAAAGGGAUGGCUCCACCUGCCUCAAAAAAGAGUUCACUCAUGUGGACAGCGAGAAAGGGGUGGCCUGCGCAAGCUCCGACCACGAGCCCAAAUCCAUCAUGCAGAUUUCAGUCACGAGCUUGGAGGCGUGCAAAGAGACCUGUCGGCAAACGCUCGGUUGCAUGGGCCUGGACUUCAGUGUCGGCCGAUGUGACAUUUGGACGGGCUUGGGUGGAAUACAAGCAGGUGAAGAAAUCGAAGACCACGUGUGCUUAAGACACCAUGGACACUUGGCGCCCCCUGCUGCCAGCGAGAAGCAGCGGAAUGCUCGCUUCUUGAUUAGAGCCACCUUCGGCCCCACAUUGAAAAGCCUUGAGGAGCUGAAAGUGGGGGAAGAUGCCUGGAUCGACGAGCAAAUGGCACUUCCACCAAGCCUUCAUCGCGUCUACUACCGUCAGCGGACGAACCCUGGGCAUACCUUAGCCACGGCACAGUCGGUUGAGUGGCGCUCGAGGUGCUCCAGAGGAUCCAGGUGGGCCAACUACGCCAUUCUGCCGCAUGAUCACCAGCAGCCCAUCACGGUGGAGAACAACCAGAUCUUCAUCAAUGGCUCGUUUCGCAGCGACAUUGAUGUCAACUAUGCGCAGAAUGGUCUGCAACCACCGCUGAGGUGCAGCGAAUUGCCUCCGACAGAGUACCAGGAGAAGAAAGUGUCCUGUGCCAGCCAACGUUUGGAGAUGUUGAGAAACAAAAGGUGCAACCAGGAUCCCGUCUGGGUGGAGGAUCAGAGCUGCCAGCAAUCCUGCUUCGACAUCGGUCUCCCUUAUUCGGGCGACGAUUGCUCUUUGGGUUGGGCCUCCUUCCGCUUCACGGGCUACGUUUGUGACUCCGAACCUUUUGUAGGAGGGAUGGUGCAGUUGAGCCAGAAUGAAGACUGCGUUGUCACCGUGCGCUUGUUGAAUCCUCGAGUCUGGAAGUCCGAUGCAAAUGUGGUCAGUGGUGGCAUGAGCUUCGACAUCUUCAAGCCUGGCAUCUUGCUGUUGAACGAGACCAAAAUGGAGUGCAACUUAGGGCGAAUGAUUCGUGCAGACGUGGAGGAGCCAGGCCGCUUCUACGUGCUCGACGACCGGCUCGAGCUGCUGGAGAACACCUUGUCAUCCCCGACGACAAGGAACAGUGCAGGGUCCAGCUGUUCAACAGUGCCCAGGAGCUUUCUCAAUGAGGACUCUUGCAGGUUGCUGCCAGGCUGCAGCCCUUUGACGCAAGAGCUCUUGUUGGUCCCACUGACGGUGGAGCAUCUCUCGCAAUUCCACACAGUUGGGGGCAGGUAUGUCUACGUGGUCUCUGGUUUGCGUGCCACUGCUUCGCCGUGUGACAAGAUCUCCAGGUGGAAGAAACUGAGCUGUGGCGCAGGCUGCACAGCAUCCUCCCUGGAGGGCGGAAUUGGCGAGCAGCUGUCACUUGCAUUGGCGAACGAGGAGCAGCAAGGAGAUGUGCGUGACAUCGACGUCUUUUGCUCGGGAGUGGAUCCGGGCGUGACCGUUCAGGUUCGUGAGGACUUCUUUCAGCACGUCCAUGGAGAUGAGAACAACGUUUACGACUUCACCGAUUGGGUUCUCCAUCAUCCUGGCGGGCCCUCACGAAUCACGCAGUUUGCAAGCACUGGCUUCAUUUUGGCCUUCCCCUCAUGGCAUGGCAUGGACCGGUGGGACCGUGGUUUGGCCGCAGAAGUGGUUCAGCCGAACUUCGUUGGAAGAUAUGGAGAGACGGUCUACUUCCACAACCUCCCAGAGUCCAUGCAGACGCCGACUAUGGCGUCGUUCUUGGGCGAGUCGAAGCAGGAUCUGACGUUCUCAGAAGUCUGUGGCUCUCCUGGGGAAGUUGCCAAUGACCCGUGGCGUGGACACCAGUAUACCUUCCUCCAGGAUCACCAUGGCGAUUCCAACAUCGACGGUGACACCGACUUCGCCAUGAUCGAUAGACUGGGUAAGACGACUGUAUGGACUAUGCAUGCGCUCUAUGCCAAAGACCAGCUGCGCCAACGCAUGGCCUGGGCCUUGGCACAGAUCUACGUCAUUCGUGCACAGCAUGACCCGGAGGUGGAGGCGUGGGUGAACUAUUACGACAUCUUCGUGCGCCACGCCUUCGGGAACCUCCGCGAUAUCCUCCGCGAAGUCACCUACAACGCUGAGAUGGGAGGCUUUUUGAACGCCCGAGGGAACCGGGCCAAGGAUCGCACUGGCAGGGAACCCAACGAGAACUACGCUCGCGAGGUGAUGCAAUUAUUUACCAUAGGCCUUUGGAAACUGAAUCCGGAUGGCUCUUGGAAGUUGAAUGAGGAAGGUGAACCCAUCGCCAGCUAUGGGCAAGAGGACAUCAUGAACUUCGCCCGGGUGUUCACUGGCCUCGACUACAACAUCCGCAGGGGCAAUAUAGAACACACCGACGGUAGGAACAGGAUUGAUCCGAUGAGAAUGAAUGAGUGGCACCAUGACAUCUACCCCAAGACGAACCUCAAUGGCGGCUACCUUGGGGAUGGCUACCCCAUUUGCUCCGAAGCGCCAGAAGGCUCAUUUCUGGCACAGGGCGCGCGCUACAACUUCGUGGGUAAGGAGUUGCCCGGAGAGGAUUUCAAGGUGCUUCGCCUCGAGCCCACCUCCGAGCUCUACCAAGCCCUUUGCUUCGCAAGCUCAGGGAGCUCGGGUCACUGCAGGUACAAUCUCACGGUCCAGUUGGCAGACACGCUGGCUUGUCAUGGAGCGGAAUGCACGCUGGAAGCGAAGGAGGUCAAAUUCCUGAAUGUUUCAGGUGGAUUCUACGAAUAUUUGGAGCCCACUUGUGUGAACUUGUACUUCUUCUCUGGAAUGUACUCACGACACGGGGGCGAAAACUGGGCGACAGACGCCCAAUGCCGCGAUGUGGAGCACGAGAAGAUGGGAUUUGAGUGCUGCGAUGGAUGUUUCAAAUGGUUUCGCACCGAUGAGAUGAGAGCCAAGGGUUUGCAUUGUCAUAGUUAUCGCGCGUGGCCUGAGAUGUAUACAGAGAAGUGCAACCACGACCCUGACUGGAGCUACCAUAAAUAUUGCGAACUCCAUUGUUGGGAGAGGGGAGUUGGCUACGGCUACAACUGCUCCUAUGGUAAAUUCGUUGGGGUACGGCCAUGUCAAUACAGACGCGAGUUUGUGUCCUUCAAGGAAGCCCAGGCGCGUUGCAAAGCGCUGGGGCUGCCCUUGUGUCGGAGGAACCUGCGAGGCAAGGGUUGUGAUUAUGACCGAGCGCAUGUUUGGAUUGACGAAGCAUGCACAGAGCAAGUGGUGGUAUAUCCAGAUGGAACCGUUAGCUCCAAUUCUACGAAGCUCAGCAAGUUCAACCCCUUCUCGGUGAACUGGAAGGAUGGCCGUUGGCCAAAGGUACAGGAGGGAUUUUGCCCAGGUGGUUGCUUUGCGGUUGGAACAGUUUGCUCGUGUAACGUGACGUUGGAAGUUCGACCAGUUUUCGCGACUACUCCCACGGCAUCUGAGCUGGCAAAACUGAAGAUCGGCGCACACCCUCCCACUGAAGAUCGGUGUACCAGCUGUGGUGGUGAAGUGCGUGCCUACGGGUCUGGCGAUGCAAAUACAGUUUUUGAGUAUCAGGGCAACUUCUACAGCAACAAGGAAAAUCUGGUGGUCUUCCACGGCGGCUUUGAGUUCAGAAACCCGCCGGUCUUCAUGCCCAGGAGCGGUGCGCGCCCAAGGCAUGCCUUGGCAGAGGUGGAGGAGCUUCUCGACCAUCUCUUCCACCACCCAAAUACAGCCCCCUUCAUCAGCCGCUUGCUGAUCCAGCGCUUUGGCGCCAGCAGUCCCUCUCAGGAAUACAUCCUUGCUGUGGCCAAUGCAUUCAAGACAGGAAGCUACAAUGGGAAGACCUACUCUGGUCGCUAUGGAGACCUGGCAGCGACCCUUGCAGCGAUUCUGCUGCACCGUGAGGGCGGGUCGCCUUUGGCCCGCACGGAGGGCGCGCUUCGGGAGCCCAUUCUGAAACUGGUUCAUUUGAUGCGCUCGUUGGAGUAUAGAGACCUCAAGGACCGGCCAGUGGUUUUGGGGGACCUCCAGGACUUGAUGGGACAAUUGCCGUAUGCCGCUCCAACGGUCUUCAACUUCUACCAUUCAGACUACCGGCCUGACAGCUUUCCCGAGCGAAUGGCCGCGCCGGAGUUCGAAAUCUUCGACCCACCGAGAAUCGUCAACUUCAUGAAUGGGAUGAUAUCCCUGGUGGACAGUGGGCUGAGCAACUGUUGGCGUGGCUUUGGUCGCCCUGCUGAAGCAUGCAAAGCCGGAGAGUUGGAAGCAGAAAAUUUGGAUUGCAUUGGUGACACGCUCGAACAGCUGGAUUUGCUGCUCACUGGUGGGCGAUUGCAGCAGUCGCAGUCGAUGUUGAAGGGGCGCGCGCUCGUCAAAGACUCCUAUGAGCGUCAUGGGGCGGACCGGUACAAGGCUGCGCAGAAGGCCAUCCUCUUCAGCGCAGAGUUCAACGUGAUCGGCAACCCCUUGCCUCAGGGUCUUCGCCCAGCACUGAAUCCCCAGCCCCCGCAGACUCCCAUGAAGGACUACAAGGCUGUGGUCUUGCUCUAUUUGAGUGGCGGUGUGGACAGUUUCAACAUGUUAGUGCCCAUGGAUUGCCCUCUUUAUGAGGAGUACCUGGAGGCUCGCGAGGACGUUGCACUGGAUGUGGGCGAGCUGCACAAGAUCACUGCCGCAAACCAGGUAUGUUCCACUUUUGGCUUGCAUCCGAUGUUGACCGCUUUCAAGGAGCUGUACGAUGAAGGGCAUUUAGCCUUCGCAGCCAAUGUUGGCUCAUUAGCAGAGCCCGUAAACAAGACAUCCUACCUCCACAGCGACAAGAAGAAGUGCGUGGCUGGGCAGCUUCCCACGAUGUCCUUCUCCAUGGACGGGUAUGCCAUUUGGCCAAGUGGCCGCGAGACCAUCCCGAACAUCGUUGGCACCUCGCAUGUGAGUCUGAGACAGCGAGAGCAGCUACAGGCGGUGGUGGACAACAUCACAAGCAUCCGACAUGAAAACUUCUACUUUGAGGAGUACAACCGACGUGUGGCUGCAGCUUUGCAACUUGAUGCCGACCUCACAAAGUACCUCAGGAACUCGCUCUUGAAGACCAGCUUCGAGGCGAACGAUUUCGACUUGACCCGGCAGCUACGGCAGGUGGCACGGCUGAUUGCGGUGCGGGAGAAGCGGCAAGUGCAACGAGAUGUGUUUUUCGUUCGACAGGAAGGAUAUGAUCAUCAUACCUCAUUGAAAACCUUUUUGGAUCGAAAGUUCAGCGAGUUGAACCAUGCGCUGACGCAGUUCACACAGGAGCUCAAGGCUCAAGGCGUUUUUGAGUCUGUGGUCCUGGCAACACAGUCAGACUUCGCACGGACCUUGACGCCGAACAGCCAGAGGGGCACCGACCAUGGCUGGGCAGGGCAUUAUGUGCUCCUGGGCGGAGGCAUCAAAGGUGGUCAGAUCUUCAACCAGUAUCCCAGCAGCUUGAAACUGGACUCUGAGCUCGACCUAGGUCGAGGCCGCUUGGUCCCAAAGCACCCCUAUGAGAACUUUUUGGUGCCGAUAGCAGAGUGGAUGGGGGUGGAGCUGUCGCAGAUGAAGGAGUCAGUGGAUCUGGGUGAACAGAAGAGAGGUUUGGAAACAUGGGCUGCCCAAGGAUGUGGAUGUCUUCCCGAACUUCUUCAGAUUCAAUCGAAGCAACCACAUUCAGGUUUCAGAUUUGUUCCGGAGCUGAUGCCGAACAAAUGA